ACACAGUCCCUUCUCUCCGUGUCUCAUGCUCCUUUGACAGUUCUAGUCUUCCAGAGAGUAUCAAAAUGUGGUCAAAGCUCAGCACCAUUUGCAUGGUUGCUCUCCUCCUCUUCUUCACACAAACCUAUGCCACUGCCCGCCCUGAGCCCAAAUUUUCCGAUGCCACUCCAAUCAAGAUCGAUACUCAACAUGUGGAUGCCGAAUUAGAGAAGGCUAUGGUGGAGGACCUUUGUGAAGGAUUUGGGAAAGAAGAGUGCUUAGAGAGAAGAACACUUGCGGCUCACCUUGAUUACAUCUACACUCAGAAGCACAAGCCAUGAAAUUUGUCUUACUGUAUUAAUUCUGAUAAUUUCUGGGUUAUGUGUAUGUGCCUGUAAUUUCAUAUAUGCUAUGUAGUAAUAGCUGCCAUAGGUUAUGUUUCAAGAGCUUAGUCAAGUAUUUGUUCUGUAUCGAUCACCCAUUGUUUUGUUUUUCUUUCUUGUAGGGAUAGAGUUUGUCUGUAUUGGUAUAGAGAUAUUUAUAUUCCUGUGUAAAUUAGGUAGAGAUACUUUCUUAUGAAGAUUCCUCUUUCACUUUCUU